GCCCACUGUUCAAGAUUAGCCUUGCCCUCGUGUUCUGUCGGAGAGAGAGAGAGAGAGAGCGGGGAAGGAAGAGAGAUGGGUGCGGAAGCCGAAGGAGAGAAAAUGGAGACGAAGCCAAACCCUAUUUCGGAGGCCCAAUUCCUCUCUUGGAAGCGUCAAAAGGAUGCUGAAGCGUCAGCAAGGAAAGCUGAAGCUGCGAGAAAACGUUCUGAGGAUAUAGCUGCAGGAACUGUGCAAAUGAACGGGCGGGAGCUUUUUCAGCACGAACCGUGGGUAUUCGAUAACUCUAGCUACUGAAGUUGGCUAAAUUCAACAGUCUGUGAGAUAGUGACUACUGUGUACAAUAUGCACACUUUCUAUUGAAAUAAUGGAUUGCUGCAAG